AUGGAUCUGCGGCCUAGGAAGCUCAUAGUGCUUCUCCUGUACUGCUAUGGUUGUUCAGCCAUUAGUGAAGGGAAGCCAUACUUCAUCUCUAGGAAUUUCAACACUGUCCUCCACUGGAACAAGGUCGACAGCCCAGAUGAAGGGGUCCUUUACAGUGUCCAGUACAAAGGAUACGGAGAGCCAUACAAGCUGAAGAUUGAGUGCCAGAACAUCACCACUCUUUCUUGUGACCUCACUGCAGAGACACCAUACAUCUAUCAAAAUUCCUACUAUGCUCAGGUUUUCGGCAACAGUCACUCGCUAGGCCAUACAGCAAUGUUUAAACCUCUGAGAGACACUGUCCUUGGGCCACCCAAUUUGUCUGUGACCCCCACAACAUCAUCUUUAAAAGUGACAGUUACUCUUCCGUUGGGACCGGAUAAUAAGGCUUCCAUCGAGGAGAUUUACAACAGUACCAGCUUUUCCUACCAUAACCCUCCAACUCUCUAUAUCCUCAACAUCACUCAUCCUAGCUGGGCAGCACAGGUCCAUAAAAACACAACUGGAGAGUUUGUCCUUAACCAUCUAAAGAACAACAACGUAGAGUACUGUGGCUAUGUGGUCUACACCCCGACUAGAGAACUGCACCGAAAUGCCAGUGAGAGCCGUACAUUCUGUGUGACAUUACCAGGUGACCUCUGGCUGCUGCUCCCCUGGUUCCUUCUCUUAGGGUGUCUGCUACUUGGUUCCCUCCUGCUACCGGUGGUGGUGUGUCGUCACUAUGUGAAAAAGAAGAUUAACAUGCCAGACGCCUUGAAACUGACAACGAGCAACGUCCCACCUCCAUCGUGGCACCCUCCAGAAGCCAUCACCAUCUCCAUUGCCAAGCCGUAUCAUUACCCUGUGGGGUUCUCCUACGGUGACCUGAAGACUGGUAAACUCCAGAUGGGGUCAAAGUUCACCAGCAGUGGGUCUGGGUCCUAUUCCCCCCAGGAUGAACCCUCCUCCAUUGCCCAGCCCAAGCACUGCGACACCUACAUGGGCCAGCAGGGUCCACCCCUAGAGCACUCCAACAACAGCACCCAGUCCUCCACCAACUAUAGCAUGGUCGUAGUGCAGGUGGCCAAUGAAGGUGUGGAGGAAGAAUGCCAUCGCCAUCCAGACAGUGAAGACAACAUCAACUCUCCAUGGUCAUCUGAAUCCAGUGACCACAAACUCAUUUGGGUUCAAGGUGGCCCAGUUUUGUUUUCGUGUGGAGCACCACCUGAGCCAAACCGUUGUGUUGGAGACAGGGACUCAACAGCGCACCCCCUGGUACUGCCCACAUUGCGGCGUAUUGACGGCCUACUGCAGUUGUCCACUCUGCUGCUCCAGCCAGAGACACAGAGUGCUGUGGCCAGCCUGGCACUGCCUACCGACGCUGAGGAGCAGCCCCUUUUGUGGGACCUAGACAGCACUGGGCAAGGGGCAUCACUAUUGUCUGACCUGGUCACCACGGGGGAGACAGAGUGGUUGGACCCUGGUACAGGGAGAGAGGAGAAGAGAACAUUAUACACCCCAAUCUCUCCAAUGUGUUUCAAUAACUCCAAUGACUCUCCAUCUCACUCCAUACCUCCCAUCACCCUUGCAGACUGCGAGACCUCAUCAAUGACACUCUUGUCUGGUUACAAACAACACCGGGUACCCCUUGCCCCUCUAGGGCUAACAGCAGAGGAUAGCUUUGGUAUUUCCUCAUAUGCUCCACAACAGGCUUGGACUGAUCAGGAGGAAGAAGAGGAAGAAGGAGAGGAAGAAGGAGAUGAAAGAGGCAGUGAAUUCUUUCUGGGUGGUUGGGUGGUACAAAUUCUAGGAUGAUUGGUUUUCAUUUUUUGCUUCCCUAAAAGAAUCUUAAGGGCCUCUGUGCCUGUUCUUUGCUCUCUUUGGGUCCCCAAAGUAAGUCAGAGACAAGUUCCGUCUCAGCGAGCCUUCACAAAGUGCAGGGAGAAGUUGGAAGGAGCAGAGAGAGGGUUUUGGUGGCGGUGGAGAGUGGGGCUUUCAUGACUGUGAAGUAUUUGUUUCAUUUGAAGAAAUUAAAUGGACAUCCAGGAUUCAAGCUGGGUGGCAUAAGGUAUUAAACAGCCAGUCCUCUUAUGCCAUAAUGUCAUAGGCACAAAGCUUUAAUUUCAGCAUAGUAGUACUUUUGUCUCUUUAUUUAUUGUUUCUUGUUUGUCAUAUUAUGUGUUAUUGUGUUCCACAAUGCUGAAGAAAAUAUGACUGACAUUUUAAUGAGUUUACAGCAACAUUUGAAAUUCACAUCAGAAUUGAAGGUGAUGUACUGUAUACAUUUCUAAAAUAUUAUUGUCAGAAAUACAAAAAAGGGCAGUGUGAGUUACGUGAGAAAUGUGUCAAAUAACUUUGUUGUGUGUUUUGUCUUCGAAGUGUGUGACCUCAACACUGUCCUGUCAUUAUUUGCUGCACUUUAGAGGUGAUGAAAUUACAGUAGAGGAGACAAAAGAGUUGGUAAUUCUCUACGAGGGUGUGGUGGUUAUGGUACUUUGGUUAGCUACCAACACCAAACAGGGGCUGUAGUAUCUAAUUGAAAAUACCUACAGUUUGCAUUUACUACACUUUGAUACAAUAAUAAGCUAAUAAACUGUUAAAACUGUCAGGUAUUCCUAGUUGAUGCUGUGAUGUGUAUCACAUAUUCAACAUAUAUGUACAGUAUAAUACGGAUUCGUUUUUA